AUGCACCGUGUCCUCGAGAUCCCCGAGCUGCAGCUAGCGAUCGCCCAGGAACUCAUACCGCCCGAAACCGGCUGGUAUCGUCGCAGAACGGACCUCUACAGGCUAUCCCUCGUCUCGCAUUCGUGGAGAUCUGUAGCCGAACCCAUGCGCUGGGAAGAGGGAAAUCGCCUCGAAGACUUUCUACGUGUCUUGCCCACCGACGCCUGGGCUAGGGUGAUAACUGAAGUCGAAGACUGGUACUCGGAUACCUUCGUGCUCAAGAAAAUCCGGACAAGAUCGAUAUGUCGUCACCUCUCUCCAGACGAUUGGAGCGCGGUCUACCAACGAACACGCUUCGCUCGAAGCUUGAUCCUGCGCCAGCACGCAGGGUUGCGGGGAACGCUUGUAAAUCUGCUAUCGACCGUCCCUCCUGCCGGCACCCUCUUUCCGAAGCUGUCAGAGCUGGUCCUUGAUAUGGACGACGAAUUUCGAACAGAUUUCACUUCCGUACACUCAGCUUCUAUCCUGGCGAUUAGUACCCCCAAUCUUGCCCGCCUAACGAUCAAGAAUCCAUGCCAUGCCCCAAGGCGCAUAUACCUCGAAACAGUAUCAGAACUCGCGCUACGCUCUCAAGGACUCCGUUCGGUCGUAUUCGACACCAAAUCCCUACUCAUCGACUCGCCGACCUCCCCCGUACACCACCGACCCUCGCCAUACAGAAGCUUCUUCCAGACCAUCCGCUCCUGCACGUCGCUCACUACCGUCAGACUCGAUCUCUACGUGUCCAGCUACGAUAGGCACAUCCUUGUCAACCUUGCCGCCCAUCCCAGCCUACGAGACCUAACGCUAGAUAUGGAGCAUUCAUACGACCUCGAUGAACUAGACAUGUUGGAAGAGAUCGACAAGACGGAGGAGCUGCUGCUCCGACGAGGGAUGAGCUCGAUACCGACGCCGAGUUUUCCUUCGCUGCAGAUGAUGCGCUCUACGCAGCUGCCGCAUGCGGUCCUGCGCGCCCUAAUCGCAGCCGGCAAUCGCGCUAUCCCGCUGUCCACCCUGCACUUCGAGGCAGACACCAGUAGCUAUGAAGACCUCCGAGCGACAAUCACGGCGAUAUGCUCGGGCUGCGACAAGGCGACUUUGACCGAACUCGACAUAGAAUUCCUUUGCACAGAUCCCCAAGGCGAUCCCCGUAUUAGUGUCCUUGACCUGGACGCUCUUGCCCCUAUCGCGACCUUCGCGCGUCUAACCCGGGUGGAGCUCGUCGGCUUUGACUGGGUCGACCUCCCAGACACCGACUACUCAGAGAUCGCUCGCUGGUGGCCCGACCUUGUCAGCCUCGCCUUGGUAACCUACCGCUCGACCCCGACAUGCACUCUGGCAGCUCUUAUACCCUUCAGCUCGUCGUGCCCUCGUCUAGAAUCCCUCGACCUAUCUAUCAGCGCAGAGGAGGUGCCAACCCGCACGCUCUCGGGCGACGAAUAUCCUACGACUACUCGACAUACUCUGCCCCUUCUCAAACUCCGCGUACAGAACUCUCCUAUCACUCAAGAUGUGGACUCGGUCGCUCUCUUUCUUCUCUCGCUCUUCCCGACAAUGCAGGAGGUCACAUACGACAUGCCAGCUGAGGAUCUGGACCCUCACAAUAAGGGGAAUUGGGAUGCAGAGGUUGUGCAUGAAAGGAAGGAGGCUUGGGGGAAGGUGAACGAGUUGAUCGUCAACCACAGGAACGCAGGCGUGUAG